AAUCUGAAGAAUUUGAGAACUGCCUUCUCCAUAGGCAAGAGCUUACCCUUCGAGAAUACGCAGCGUGGUGCGAACACAAAUCUUCAGUGGCACGAAAAAUUGCUGUUUGCUUCCGUUACAUCAUUGACAAACAAGCGAGAUCAUUGUCCAAGUCUGUCGUGUCAACGGGGAUUGAGAAACUUCAGGACUGCAUCUUAGGUAAACAGGAAGAAUCAAUGUCGGACUCGGUGGUACUGGAGGAGUCGAUGCAGCACUCGAUAAAGCAGUCGCAUGAGGAAGAACCUGAAGUGGAAAUGCAUCCUGAAAAUGUGGCAGUAAUCGGAGGACAUGACGACGAUUACGACACCAGAGACAGGGUGCCUGAGGAAUACAGGCCACCUUUUGUUGUAGAGGAGCCGCAUCACCAAGGCAGAACGCGCCGGCCUAAGAGGGUUAGGCAGCCGGUCGAGAAGCACAACAAAGGAACAUGGUCCUACCCAAUCCACGACCAGUCUUACUACUACCCGAGGCGCGAGAAAGGUCUGGGCAAUGAAACUGCACAGUCACCGAAUACGACAGUCGAAAUUCCGCCAACGCCGAUAGAGGCGGCUGGGCCAAUGACAAAGCCAGUUCCCACGACUCCCUCGGCCACGACUCGGAAGUAAAUCGCCGCUAGCGAGAUCGCCGUGAAGAUUUCCAGCAGGAGCAAACCUCAUUACCGACAGCAGUUUCGUCCGGCGCCUAAUUCUCAGCGUGGUUUGCUCCAACAAACUAGUAGCAACAUAGCCGACCGAUGCAGUAUAAUGUUGCUCGUCCGUAGUAUUUUUGGUAAAAGAUGCUAAAUAAAA